AAAAAUUGAACGUCAUAAUAAUAAUACUUUUGAGAGACUCAAAUUUGAGUCUGUUGUGCUUCCCAGCACUUUCUGAAAACGCCUAGGCCUAUUUGGUCAAAAUAGUUGUUUGAUUUAUUGAUGUGAAACAAUUAUGACGUAACUAAUGGGCUUAAAUAUUUUUUCUUUCAAAUAUGCCCCUGCAGCAAUGCCGGUGAUUUAUUAGUGUAAAACAAUUAUGACGUAACCAAUAGACUUAAAUAUUUUUUUCUUUCAAAUAUACCCCUGCAGCAAUACCGUGAUUAUUCUAUUUUCUUUUUCUAUUUUUCUCUAAAAAAGCGGCUUUAACCGGAAAAAAAUUGGACCGGGCGUAUGAUAUUGAACCUCCGUCAAUGGGCAUCGAGGUCUUUUCCAAAUACCAAGUGCCUAAAGGUUAAACCGGUAUCAACUUGCCUAAGUUGCAUAAUCCUAGGAAGACACUGAAACAUGUUAUUAUUACUUUCCAAGUCGGUACAAACCCAAUUUAACCCCUUCGCUCGCACAAUAUUUAUGUGUUAAAUUAUGCAGAAAACUGUAAGUUCAAAUCCCAUGGAGAAAACCAAUAGACCAACCUCAAUAUGUUGUGCUAAAAACCCAAGUUGCAAUAGUGACAAGGAUGAUAAAGGAGGAGGGUUGUGUUUGGAGGAUCACAUUAGUGGACUUCCAGAUGUUGUACUUGUUUCAAUCUUGUCACUAUUGACAAUGAAAGAAGCUGGAAGAACUUGUCUCCUAUCAAAGAGAUGGAGGUAUAUCUGGACACACAUUAGUAGUUUGAACUUUGAUGCGUCACAUAUAAUCGAUGGAAUUCUACUCGGUAAAAAGGAAGUUGAAGUAGAAAAGCCUUUGUAUUUGAGUUGGGUUAAUCAAGUCUUGAAGUCGCACAACGCUUCAACUAUAGAUGAAUUCAGGGUUCAAUUUGAUUUUGAUGAAACUUAUAGAUUUGAUAUUGACAAUUGGGUUAACUUUGCAAUGGUAAAGAGAGUUAAAAGGCUUGAGUUGGACUUGACACAACGUACCGAUUAUACUAGAGAGGAAGAGGAUUACAAUUUUCCUGACCCCAAUGGUAUUACAAAUCACCUGCAUUCAUUGUCUCUUUCGUUUUCUAGCUGCGACCGCCUGACCAAUCUCUUACUGACACACGUCAAUGUAACCGGACAAGUUCUUGAGUACUUCUUAAUUAACUGUCCAUUUUUGGAAAAAUUGUAUGUAAAGCAAUCUGACGUUCUCGUAAAUCUGAAAGUUCCCCAUCUAUCACUCAAAUUGAAGCAUUUGGAGAUAAUUUACUGCUUCAAUGUGGAAAGUAUUGAGAUUUCUGCAACGAAUCUCAUGUCAUUUAAGUACAUUGGACCAAAAAUAAGCCUGCCAUUUAAGAAUGCACAGCCGCCUGUUGAUUUGUAUAUUGGGGGUGCAUAUUGCGAUUAUCUAAUAUAUAAAUUUUUGGAUAUUUCAAGCUAUCUUUCUCAGCUAGAAAGCCUUACGCUGCAAAUUUCCAACAUGAUGGAGCAUACUUUUGAAGAGCCUGAUCUUGAAGAUACUAAAUUUCCUGUAUUAAAUAAACUCAAGCGACUGGAGUUGAUAGUUGGUGCAACUGAUGAUGAAAGCCUUACUGUUUUUGUUCCCCUGAUAGAAGCAUGUCCUUUCUUGGCUACAUUUGUGUUCCAGCUGCAAUGGUGCAAGCCAUUUCGGAAAAGAAAGCAUGAGAGGUUUACUUCUCGGCCCCAUGAGUACCUUAAGGUGGUGGAGUUCAUUGGUUUUGUUGGGCGUACAAAUGAUGUUGAGCUUGCUAUGUAUUUAAUCAGAAGUGCUGUGAAUCUUCAGAAAAUUACUUUUGAUCCUCGAAUUCCACUUCUUGUAGGAACUCCAUGGGAGUUCAUGGAGACCAAGAGAAAAACAGCAGCGAGAAAGCGCGCCAAGAAGCUUGGAACCAAACUUCCUGUUGGAGCAGCUUUGGUAAUCCUUUAAUUAUAUGUUUGUAUAAGCUAUUUCUUCUACAGCCUUCUCAUUCUUACUUCCGAAGGAUCUUCAAACUGUAUUGAACAAUAAUAGGCAAAGAACACAUUUUGUUCAUGGAAUGACAGAUUGAAUUAAAAUGAUAUUACUACUAUUUUUUAGGCUUU